AUGGAUGCCAAGCAAUCCUUCCCCGGAGGCUAUGAGCAAACACUCCCCGUGCUCACUCGGCCUCCAGCGUCCGACUCCUCGACAUGGGCUGAAACCGACCCGAAUUUCGACACGGACCCCUAUACAAUGUCAAUGCUGUCGCUCCCCCCAACUACACCUGCACCGCCCCCUCAGACCGCAGCGCCAGCUUCCGCACCCAAUGCGACAUCUCAGCAGCCAGCGCAAGCUCAAGCGACAGCCACCACCACGUCCACAGACCGCAAUGCCCCUACAAAGAUCCGUAAGCCUCGUAAGGCGGCCAAUGCAUCGGCGGGAAAGUCUACGCUGUUCUGGGUCCAUUCCGACCCCGACUCUGCCGCCGGGGGAACAAAGGAAGAAACCUUGAAGCGCAUUCGGUCCCAUGUCAUGUCAGAGCACAAUCGCAAAAAGCGAUUGGAGAAUACCAAGAAAUAUAAAGGCAAAUCCUGGAAACACCUGGCCUUUCAGCCACCAGAGACGAUCCCGGGGGGAAUGGGUCCGCCCCGACCCCCGGUGUCAACACCCUCGUCCUCGUCGAGCAGUAGUCGCUUGGGCUCGCAGGUCAGCGAGUCGCCUCCAUUGAAAAACGAAUUAGUUCCCACCACGUCCGCCGUGGAGUACUAUACGCCUGUGCCGGCCGAAACAGCAACAUGGACUGAGCAAACCUGGAGCGAGGAUUCAUGGGAGGACAGUAAUUAUGAUGGAGUCGAUGGAGUCGUGGGGUUUUCUACGACAUCCCAACGCUAUUCUCCAUGGUCAUAUGUGGGAUCGGGAGUACAUGAUCCGUUUAAUACGGGACAUACACAGCUUACAGAUCGUAUGAUGCGGCAUUUACAAAAUUUUUUGUGGGAUUUGACACAAGAAGCGCAUCCAUUGCAGACGCGGUAUAAACCCAAGUUGCAGGCCCAUUGGGCCGCUCUUAUUCAGCGAGACCCCGCCAUUCUCCAUGCGGCAAUUUGUAUGUCUACUUCCAAUGCAGCCAUGCAACGGGGUGAAUUGCCCAUUCGGGAUCCGAAUCAGCAUCGCAGUGCCCUUGUGGUUGAUACAUUUCACCAUCGAGGCGAGACGAUUCGAUUAGUGAAUGAGGGUCUAUCAGACCCGGUGAAGUGUUCCAGUGAUGAAUUGAUUGCUGCAGUGUCUACAUUAUUAACGAUCGAGAUUGCAUCGGGUAACCCCGACUAUCUAAAAAUCCAUCUGGCUGGCUUGCGUCAAAUGAUCGGAAUGCGCAAGAAUUUCGCCGACGUGCCAUCUGACAUCCGAUUCCAAAUCAAUUGGACGGAUAUCCGAGUCGCAUGCAUGGCCCUCACCAAACCCAUCUUCCCCUUCGUCCGCUCCACCCGUCCCCCAGGACUGUCCCUCCUUCCACCCAACGACGACGUUGGCCUCUGCGCAACCCGUCUCCUCCCCCUUAUGAAAAUCCCAGGAAUCUUCAGCGACACCUUCUCCAAAAUUAUCUACGACCUCCUCGAACUCUCCUGGUACGCCGAGUGGAUCAAGGGUAGCAGCGGGUACCAAGAAUUCGACAGUGACACCGAAGAUUACUUCAACUUCGAAGUUCUCUACGUCGAGUACUCUCUCCACGCAGACCGAUACACGCCCACUGGCCAAAUCAAGGGCGACAACUCGAUCGAGGGCUGUACGCGCCUUGCCUGCCUUUGUUACCAUAACAGUGCCAUCUGGACUUUUUACCCCAUGGUUGCGCCCUUAUUGCCAAAGCCGAUUCUAGCACUGCGGGCUGCCCUGGAAGCGACUAUCCCCUCGGGACUGUUUUCGCUGUGUCGCGAUCUCCUGAUUUGGGUGCUUUUCAUUGGUGCGGCUUGUAGUCAGGUGAUGCCCUCUGAGCGCACGUAUUUCGUUACGGAGUUGGCGGCGGCGGUGCAAUUGCAUGGUGUGACCUCCUGGCAGGAGUGCCGGUCUAUUCUGCUUGGGUUCUUCCAUGCGGACCGGGUCCACUUGGUUACACUGAGGCAGGUGUGGCAGGAGGUUCAGGGACGGAUGGAUCCGGCUGGUGUGUGA